CCAGGUCAGAAUCAAGCACCUCAUAACUUACCCAGUGUUACAGUUAAACCUGCAGAUGUGGUACUUACCAUCAUGGCAGAGCCCACCAAGGAAACGGAAUCUUCUUCAACCCAGCAAGGGGCCAUAAGUCAGCUUGGAGGCCCGCUUAUAGAAGCUGAACCUUCUCUUGGUGAGCAGGAGCAGCUGCCUCAGCCUUCUCAGUCUUACGAGGAGGUAGCACUUUCUCCAGCUGAGCAGGAGGCCAUAACUCAGCUUCCAAGCUUUCCUGUGGAGGCUGAACCUUCUUCCACUGAGGAGCAGCAGCAAGCUCAGCCUUCUGAGUCUCUUGGGGAGGUUGAACCCUCUUCAGAGCAGCAGGAGGCCUCAGCUCAGUCUCCAGAAUAUCCUGAACCGAUAGUUUUACCUCCGAGUCACAAUCAAGCUCAGCAUUUAAUCUUACCCAGUGUUACAGGUAAGCCUGCAGAUCUGCAGCUUACCAUAACACAACCUACUAUUGAAGUGGGGACUUCUUCAGUCCACCAUGAAGUUACAACUCUGCCCUCAGUGCCAGAUAAUGUUGAGAAACCUUCUGAGACCCAGCAGGAAACCCCAAUUCUGCCACCAGAGCCUCCAAAGACUGAGUAUGUUGAAUAUUUGCCAAUUCAACAGAAGCCUCCAGCACAAAUUUUAGAAUCUCUUAACAAUCAAAAACCCUUUCCAAUACAGCAGCAGGCCAUGGCUGAGCAAGCACAGACUCCUGAGGAGGUUGAAUCCUCUGUAACCCAGCAAGAGGCACCAACGCAGGCUCCAGCAUCUUCUAUGGAGUAUAUAGAUAAUUCUUGGCUUAAUGAUGAAGUGACAUUUCCAUCUCAGCAUUUCAUGUUGCCUUAUACCACCGUUCAUCAUGUGGACCUGGGACUUACUCUAACUCCAGAACCCACUACAGAGGUUAAAUCCUCAGUCCAGCAGGAGAACCCUCCAAUUUCCACUGGGCAGGCUGGAUUUUUCCUGACUCAGUCUAAUCUUUUUCCACAACCUCUAAAACAUCCUAUAAUGGUUGAAUCUUUUCAGCAAGAGGCCACAGCUCAGACUUCAGAUCCCCCUAAGGAGGUAGAAUCUUCUCCAGAUCUCUUGGAGACCCCAGGUGUACCUUCAGAGCUCCCUAAAGAGGUAGAACCUGCUCCUGCUUACCAGGUGACCCCAUCUCAGCCUCCAGAG